AUGAGAUUGACUAAAAAAGUCCAAAGUCUUGGGAUUAUUAUGUUUGCCAAGUUUCCUAGUUGUAUAAUACAAGGCCUUUUUCGGGCCGAUUCCACCCCAGAAUUUGAUUUCCGAGCAAAAGCCUCCUCGUUAAGAGAUGCUGACUCUGGGCCUAAAGCCUCCUCGUUAAGAGAUGCCGACUCUGGGCUUAAAGCCUCCUCGUCAAGAGAUGUUGCUGAUUGUGGCCCAAGUGUUUGCUUUCCGGGCACAUUCCCAGAGCUUUUAAGCCCAAUGGACUCGACCAUCCCACGACUUAAAUACGUAAACUCGUUGGAUACCUUCUCCGGCUGCAAGGUUGAAGUAGAGAUCGACGAUGUUAGGGCAGUUCAUGCUCUCGAGCAUAGGCUCUGGGCAAACCUGCGGUCAAGGAGCGAGUCGGACGAUAUGCCAAGUGCUUGCCUGUCGACCCCACACGACCUGAUGCACUCGUCGGUCUCGAGCAAGUUUCUAAUCUUGUCAGCCACGAUCUCGGAGGUCCCACAUGUGCGACUCUCAAGCACGCAUCGCUUGCCGGAUGACGACACAGAGAACGCACAUGAUUUCUCAUCGAGGUCCUCACAAAGGAUGUCCAUACCUACACGAUAG